AUGGGCAAUGAUAACAGUAGUGCAAUUACAAUUGAUUUUGACCGAAAUAAUUUGUUUUAUUAUUCUGAUGAAAUUGUAUCUGGAAUAGUUAGAUUAAAUAUUACAGAAGAAAAUCUAGAAACACGUGAAAUAUACAUAAAUCUGAUCGGUGAAAUUGGUUAUACAACAACUCGAUCUGUUUCAAAUGGUAAAGGUGGAUCUUUACCACGAAAUGAAUAUUAUAAGAUUCAAUUUUAUUAUAAAAAAGUUAGUUUAUCUGGGCCUAGUAUAACACAACAAGAAUUUAUUUAUGAUCGUGGACGUUAUGCAUGGUUAUUUCAAAUUCCAUUAAUUGAUAAUCUUCCACCAGCUAUCAAUCAACCUGAUAUAUUUCCACGUGUUCGAUAUUUUUUACAAGUUGUUAUUGAUAAAUCAUGGUAUACAUCAAAUAUAAAAUAUAAAAAAUAUUUAACAGUACAUCCACGUGUUAAUUUAUUAGAAAAUCCUCAAUGUUUAUCACCAUCUAUAUUCGAAUUCGAAAAUAGAACAGAUAUUAAAUUAAAGGCAACUUUUAAUAAAUUAGGAUAUGUUUCUGGUGAAAAUAUUCAAUUUACAUUAGAAAUUCAAAAUCCACGAAAAGUUUUAAUUCUACAUAGUAAUCUUUCAAUAUUAAAAUGUUAUCAAAUUGAAAAAAAAUUCGAUGAAUGUAUUGUAUAUAAAACUAUAUUACCAAAAAUUGUAAAUUUAACAAAUGAACAUAUAAUGGAAAGAUUUUCGAUAAAAAUUCCUACUAUACGAUUUCCUCCUUCAUAUAAAUUUCAACGAGAAAACCCAAACAUUUUCGUUCAUAUUUAUUAUAUGCUUAAACUUACAGUUAAAGUUGAAGGAAUAUUUACUAAUUUUCAUAUUAAUGUUCCAAUUACACUAGGAACUGAACCCAAUUCUGAUUUAAGUCAACAACAAUCAUUUAAUCCUUUAAGUAUUUCUUAUUCCGAAAAGAUGCUUCAAAUUUGUGUUAUUCUUUUACUGUUUCACGUUGUUGAACUUUCUUCUCUACGAAAUGAGCGACAUCAAAUAAUUGAACAUGUGCGGAAGUAUCUCCAACAAUCUGAUUCUACGACUCGAUCCCUUAGAAAUCCUGGUUGGUUGAUAAAUAGUAAUAAAAUUGGCUUUGGCUACAAUCUACUUGCUGGUUCUCCGGUGUGUUAUACAGGUGCAUGUCAGAUGGAUGAAUUUACUCGUUCAAUAUUCAAACUUAAUUAUUCAUCACCAGUUCCAGGAUCAUGUACCGACAAGUUUGUACCGAAUAACGUUGAGCUAGACUGUUUACCAUCUGGUACACAAACGGUUAAUAGUGAAGUUGUUGACACAAUUGAAAAUCUACAUGCAUCUAUUUCGAAUAAAGUUGACGUUUCCAUUGGGGCGAAAUUCAGAGGUGUGGGCUUCUCUUAUACACGUUCAAAAGAAACCCGACAUAUGCUUGACAAUAUAAUCAAUAAACAUCGAACCUCUAUACUUACUGCAGUUGAAAUUUCUUAUGCUAAACUAUCGAUGUUUGAACCUAAAAUGGAACUAUCAGAUAAUUUUCGAUACGUUAUUGACAAUAUAUUUUGUUGUGAAGAAGAUGAUCCAAUGACAGAAGAAUACGUGAAGGACUUCAUUUUUGACUAUUUUGGAGUUGCUUAUGUCACAAGUAUUCUGCUUGGUGGGGUAGCUCAACAAAAUAUCUUUAUUGAUCGAGAAGCAAAAGAAAAACUAGAAAGAAAUAGCAUACAAAUAAAACAUCAAGCAGUGGUCAGCUUUGAUUUAUCAAUGGGUUCAAAUAUAGGAAAUAGUUUUAAUGUUGGACCAACUGUGACCAAUGGAGUGAGCGAUGCCAACUAUAAUAUGUUCAAGAAAGAAGUUAAAUCAAUGUCCAACACUAAACUUGGUGGUGUUCCUGAUUUAACCAGCUUUGCUGAAUGGUCCAAAACAGUUUCAGACAAUCCUGUUAUUAUUAAGCUGAAAGUUCGAGAUAUUUUUCGUCUUUUUACAAAACAUUACUUUCCGGAUGACCCUAUGAUAACAAAUAAAUCGAAACUAAUAGAAAAAAUAUUUGAGAAAUAUAUUACUAGUUCUGUUUACUGUGACAAUAACUGUGGUGGUAAUGACACUUAUGGAACAUGCCAACCGACUGGAUUUUUCCAGUAUGGAGUUUGUCAAUGUAAACCAGAAUGGACUGGUAGUGAUUGUAAAACAGCUGUCAUACAGCAUCAUAAAAUACUACACGGCACUAUUUGUGGAUUCGAUCGUCCUUUUAUACAGAUUAAGUGCGGUGGUACACGUCCAUGGGAUGGAUGUCCAACUGGUUGGAUUAAGUAUAGUUGGCGCAUUGAUUUAACUAUUUGUUAUAAAAAUCAAACAGUUAUCAGCAAUCCUUUCUACGGAACAAUAUGUGGACUUCAUUCUUAUCAUUCACCAUCUAAUUUUAGUUUUAAUAUAGGUUGUAAUGACAGUUCCAAUGUUUACACGGGUAAAUGCCCGACAAAUUAUCAACUAAUUCAUGAAACACAGGGACCAUGCAGUGCUUCGUUACCAUACCCAAACUUCUGCAAUGCAGGAAAUGCAGUUUGUGCAGCUGUAAACGUGAACGAGGACUCACCAGGAACACUAUGUGGAAUGCAAAUAGAAGGAUCAACUGAGGGUCCCUCGUGUGAUGGUUUCAAUCCAGGUUUACGACAAUGUCCUCCAAACUACACUCCACAGCGUAUUCUCUUCAACUAUCUUGGAUUUAUGGUUUGUGUGAAAACUCUUCACUAA